AACGAAACCCAUGAAGAUUCGAAAAUCUCCCUCCCAAAACUAACAACACGUACGUACAGCUCAAAUGGAGCCAGAGCCCUGGGAAGCUCUCGACAUUGAUGAAGCUGAGGACUCUCUUCUCCUCCUUCCCUGCAAACGUAAGAGUUCAAUUUUAAUCUCAUCCACCAACUCCAAAGAUUUUCAUUUUCGCCCCUGCUCUUUCAAUCCCGCUAUUCCUGGCCCCGCCAGGGCCGUACAGUCGGCAAUGCACCGUAAAAGCUUAAUGGGUGUCAACGAGGAGCCAAUCCCCACUCAGGAGUACAUAAGGAGAGCUGUGGAGGACCCCUCUCUUCUAAACGACGACGAUUUUGCACGAGGCCCUUGGCUUUUCGCUGUGAAUUUUGUUCGCCGUCAAGGCUUGGUGGGUGAAGAUGCUGUGGCGAUCGGGACCCCGUUGAGUUUCAUCAAGAACAGCAUUAAUAUGGACAAGGUUUCUCAGAUAGUCGCCAUUGUAAAAUCUAGCACUGUGAAUGGCCUUGGUGGUAUGAUGGUGACUUUGAAGGAUCCUACUGGUACAAUUGAUGCUAGCAUUCAUCAUAGAGUGCUUACUGUGGGUGAAUUUUCUAAGGACAUAUCAGUUGGAGCAGUGUUAAUACUCCAGAAGGUUGCAGUUUUUUCCCCUUCUCAUUCUACACAUUAUCUUAAUAUAACACUUCGCAACAUAGUCAAGGUUAUCUCCAAGAAUUGUGAAAUUCCAUCAGAUCAAAAUUAUCCUGCAUUGAUGGUCAAAGAUGAUAAUACUACUGUUGAAAACAGUGAGAAGUCCUGGGAGCUGCCUAAGACAGCCCUUGUGUCACAAGGAAGAACUGAAGGAAUCUUGAAUUGUCUCAGACAGAAUACUAAUAUGAGAGUCCCUGAACACAAUGACAAAGAAUUGGAAGAAGGAAACACAUCAGUUUCAAGUAGCUUUCGUGGCAUCAGACACAGCAGAAACAAUAAUUCGGUCGAAGAGGAGGAAACCAUUGUGGUGAGCCUAGAUGUUGCUGGUGGAAGGAAAGGAACUUCAUGUGUCACAGGCACUGACAGUCAUGAGCAAGAGAUUUCGUUGAGUGAGCAGCCUAGCCAUUUGAAUCAGGAAAGAAAAAACAACCUGUUGGGCAAGUUUCAACGCAGAAGUGUUGCAGAAGAAGUUAUCGACACCCGGAACAAUGAAGAAGACAAGAAGCCGAGGCAAGUGCUAAUUUCUGGAGGGUCACUCCCAGAAUGGACAGAUGAACAGCUGGAUGAGCUCUUAUCAUUUGAUUGAGAUGAUGAAGGUAGCUUUCCAAUCUCAUAUGGACAAUUCAUUUUGUUGCAGAGGUGAUGCUGAUAGAUAGCAUGUAAAUACUGUAGGUUCUUUUUUACAUUUAAGGGGAUAAGAAAUGCUUAGCUACAUGAAAGUUGAUAUAUGAUUAAGAAAAUUGAUUGCAAUAGCUGAUUGAAAGCAGUGUAUUCAAAGGAGUUUCCUACCAAUUCAAUCGAAUUGGGGAAGAUAGGCAGUUGAGAUUCGUCGUCCCUUCCCUAUUGAUUCUCUAUGCAGUCAUCUUCUUAUAUGUUCCUCUAAACGAAUAAAAAUGGCCCAUUGAAGAUGGUGUUGUGCA